AUGUCCGACACAUGUAAGAAAGUCUAUAUUUCCUGCAUGUCUACUGUCAAUAUUACACCAAUGAAUGAAAACAUUUACACUCUUGCAAGAAUUUCAGAGGCAUUGGAGUGCUCAUCUAUUCCAGGAGUAAUGAUACUUAGACUCAACAGUGCUAUUAGAGAAUACUUGUGUCAUUGUUCAGAAACUUAUGAAUAUAAGGCAGAGAUCCAAGUAGUUCAAAAGAGAACUAAGAAAAAUAAGUGUUCUGCUCUUCUUUACAUCAGAAGAUUCUUUAAGUCACCUGAGUGGUAUGAGAUAACCUUGACCAAAGAUCACACUAAUCAUACUCCUGGUGAUAUCCAUGAGAAUAUUCAUACUCUUCCUCUUGCCAAAAAGUAUCUGCAUGAACUGUCCCAGCAAUUAGAGCAAUCAUCCAAAUCUGCCAGCCAGAUAUGUAUCGAUAUGUUGAGAGCUAUUGAUAGAUAUAGAAGAAGUUCUGAUCGUAAGUUCAACUAUUAUAACAUUUGGAACUUGAUGAACAAGGGCAAUAUGAGUUAUUCUCCCAACACAAAUGCAUUUGCUUACAGUUUUAUGUCACCAACACAGCAAAUUAAAAUGAGAAAUGCUGUUUCCUUUUGUUUGGAUGCUACACAUGCUAUCUCUGGCAAAAUUGAUGAGAUUUUAUAUACCCUUCUUGUUUGUGAUAAAGAAAUUGGUAGAGGAUGGCCUGUUGCUUUCAUGGUAACAAACGACCGGGGUGUUGGCCCUAUUGUACAGUGGCUACAGUUUUUGAAGUCUUCCCUUUUGCUGAUCAAUCCUCAGCAAAUUACUAUUGAUUGCUGCUCUGCAGAAGUACAUGCAAUCCAGACCACUUUCCCUUCCACACAGAUUCAAUUCUGCAUCCUUCACGUCACUCAAGCAUGGAACAGAAAGCUGUCUGACUUUGUUAAGAUUCCAGGUGCUUUGCCUUCUGAGGCUCAUCUUCUUUGUAGUGAAAUGAUGAGAUAUCUUCAAGAUAUUGUAUAUGAAGACGAUCUGGACCAGUUCCGUCAAAAACUUGUGGAAUUCAAAAGUGAAUUCAGUGACCAAGAAUUAUUCUUAGACUACUUUGAAAAAAAUUGGUGCACUGAAAAAAAGUUUAAGAUCUGGAGCCAUGCUUAUCAUGAAUGUCAAUUUUCUCAUAUGCUCACAAACAACUAUAUUGAAUUGUGGCAUAAUCAGCUUAAAACCGUGUUCAUGAAGAGGUCAAGAAAUAAGAGAUUAGACAAACUUGUCUUUAUCUUGGUACAUGAUGUUGAGUACUAUCUAACACAAGAGUAUGAAAGAGUUAUGUCAAACAAUAGAACAAUGAGCUCUUUUACUAGACAGCAAAGAAUCAGAGAGAUAGAAGCAGAAGAAGUUGAUGAUGAUGCAAGAGAGACAAUGAUUGUUGCUUCAGUAUCAGCAGAAGACAGUAGCUGGCAAGUGCAGUCAUUUGUUGAUGAGAACACAGCAUAUGUAGUUGAGAAGGCAAAAACCAUGCGAGCAUAUGUAUUUGUUAAAAAUGCACACUGCCUUUUCUUUGCACUUCUCAACCACUCCUUUAAACCCUACCUAUGA